AUGGGUCGCUCUCAGGAGCUCAGUGAAUUCAAGCGUGGUCCCGUGACAGGUUGCCACCUGUGCAAUAAGUCCAUCCAUGACAUUUCCUUGCUACUAAAUAUUCCACGGUCAACUGUUAGUGGUAUUAUAACAAAGUGGAAGCAACUGGGAACAGCAAAACAGCCACAAAGUGUGCACGAUUCCAACUGUCUGCAGAGUCAAUAGCUAAGGACCUCCAAAGUUUGUAAAGGGGUAAUAUCUCCUAAACCGUCUAAGGCAUCAGCAUACCAAGACAUUUUGGACAAUUUCAUGCUCCCAACUUUAUGGAAACCAUUUCU